AACAAAUCAAUUCGCUCACAUAUCUGUGAUUUUUUUACUAACGAUAAUCAACUUACCAACUUAUAAUAAUAAUAACAAUAAUAAUGAAACAACCCACAAAUAUAUCAUCUUCAUUAUCACAUCAUUAAAUCACGCAUUUGUGUACCAAAGGCAUCUUAAUUGAGAAUUUCUUUAGUACAAAUCGUAACGGAUAGAAUUUGACUACACAUAUUCACCGCAUGCGUUGUCUUUCCGGGAAGAAGCUCCUCCGAGGAUCUUUAGGAAUGAGAGUAUGUUCUGGAUGGCGACAGUUUCUUUUGUUUGUGACACUUAUUUUCUUUUUAUCUCAUUUUCUCUCAGUUUUGGAGUGGCAAAAGACGACCCCCAGUGUUAAAGAAUCGCACCAAAAGAAACAGAAGUUCGAUCACCUUGUUUUUGGACCUGCAGCUGGUGAAGGCUUGCCAAAUCGUUUGCAAUGCAAAGGUAUGAAGGCUCUUAACAAGACCCACAUAUCAGCAUCCUCAAACAUGUCGAAUGGUGGUAAUGGUGUUACUUUUGUAACUGUUUUUGCGGUUUAUAAUUCUAGUGCUGAUGGCAGAGCAAGUGAGUCAACUAUCGUGGGGAAAGCUUCAUACAACAAGGUGGAGCGGUCAAUGACCAUCAUGAAUACAUUCAUAAAUUUUAUACAGUUGAUGCUGCCUGAAAGCAACACAAUCAUCCUCACUGAUCCAGCAUCCAGGCUUCCUCUAAAGAGAAAUAGGGUGGCGGUAUAUCCUAUUCAAGGUGAUUAUUCACGCGACAAGUUGAUGCUUCAAAGAAUCAGGUCUUACAUUGCUUUUUUAGAGGAAAAGCUUGAAGAGCGGUCAAGAGAACCGAGUCAAAAAAUUACUCAUUAUAUUUUCACUGACUCAGACAUAGCUGUAGUUGGUGAUGUGGGGGAAAUAUUUAGCAAAUAUGACAACUUUCACCUGGCUCUCACUUUCCGUAACAAUAAACAACAGCCCCUGAAUUCAGGGUUCAUAGCAGUCAGAGGUACCCUCGAUGGGAUGUCAAGGGCAAAGGUUUUCUUGGAGAAAGUGUUGGAAGUUUAUACUACCACAUACAUGAAAGCUUCAAGGAUGCUUGGGGAUCAACUUGCUAUUGCUUCGGUCAUUAAAUCUCAUGCUUUAUUUAAUGCAAAGGCAUUUAGCUCACAUGGAUCUUUUCUCGAGGACAUUGAUGGUGCAUCCGUGCUCUUCUUGCCUUGUGAGGUUUACAAUUGGACCCCACCCGAAGGUGCUGGUCAAUUUCAUGGCAUGCCCUUGGAUGUCAAGGUGGUUCAUUACAAGGGAUCAAGGAAACGCCUUAUGCUUGAGUCUUGGAACUUCUUGAACUCUUCGACUUCUAACGAUCUAUCAGAUAUGUUGUGCCUUGUGUUGAGUAGUGGACGGACAAAGUAUGAUUUUUGAAGAAACCCACACAUUUUUUUGUAUUGAAAUAUUAAUGGAGAGCAAUAGGAAUUUGGGUGUUCUAUAUCAUAGAAACAAAAUCUGGGAAUCUUUUUCUGGUAUUUGAGCUAGAUUUGGUUUUUAUAUAUAGAUUUUUGUAGUCUUCUUGUUUUAUGUAUAUUUUUAAUGAUUCGUGUUCAUUGAUAUGUUUGAUUAACAGUAAAUGAACAUCAAAAUUCCCAGUUA